AUGUACAAAGAUCAUCUUUCUCAUCCUACGUGGAGGAAGAGUAGAGAAGUUGCCUUAGAUAUAUUACAAAAGAAAUAUUACAGAAGAGACGUGAUAGAUGAGACACUAUCAGAAAUACAGCAAGUCAAUUAUGAAAAGCUUUACUCCAAGAUAUCCAGUGAAGACAUUGACAUGGCCUGGGAGGACACAGAUACGCAGCAGCCAAACAACGAGACGCAGCAGCCAAACAACGAGACGCAGCAGCCAAACAACGAGACGCAGCAGCCAAACAACGAAGACGCAGCAGCCAAACAACAAGACGCAGCAGAUAACGAGACGAGGCAGACAAACAACGAGACGCAGCAGACAAACAACGAGACGCAGCAGACAAACAACGAGACGCAGCAGACAAACAACGAGACGCAGCAGACAAACAACGAGACGCAUCAGACAAACAACGAGACGCAGCAGACAAACAACGAGACGCAGCAGACAAACAACGAGACGCAGCAGACAAACAACGAGACGCAGCAGACAAACAACGAGACGCAGCAGACAACGAGACGCAGCAGACAAACAACGAGACGCAGCAGAUAA